UUGUCGGUGCGUUUUCUAGUCCGAAGGGCAUUCGAACAAAUUCGUAAUGACUAUUUUGAACGUUAAAACUCAUCAUUUUUGUUUUCUGCUAGCUCCUAAUUUUUUUGGGACUAUCUAAAUUAGUUUAUCAAGAUGACAGGGAUGCAAGGAGGUCAAAAAUUUAUUGACGAAGGGCUGUUAACAUGCUCCUGAUACAUUUCUAUUUUUAAAUAUUGUUGUAUCAGAAUGUCAUCUAGUUGUAGGUGCGUUUUCUAGUCCGAAGGGCAGUCGAACAAAUUCGUAAUGUAUAUUUUGAACGUUAAAACUCAUCAUUUUUAUUUUCUGCUAGCUCCUAAUUUUUUUGGGCCUUUCUAAAGAUUAUCAGGAUAAAGAGAUGCAAGGAGGUCAAAAAUUUAUUGACAGAGGGCUCUUAACAUGCUAUCUUUAAAUAUUCUUGUAUCAGGACGACAGGAGGCAUAGAUGGAGCACAAAUUUGUUUCAACAAUACGUACUAUACGUUCCUGGUAACAUUUGACCUACAAAUUAGUUACCAGGAUGACAGAGACGUAUGCUAUGUCGUUCUGAAACAGAUCCUUGAUUUAUAUUUUGUUGUAUCCUGCUGACAAAUGGUAAGGAAGAGCACUAAUGUGUUGAAAUAAUACGUAUUUUACGCUCCUGAUUACAUUAUUAGUAUACAUUACUUUAUUAGGGUCACAGAAACGCAAGGAGGUGUACAAUUGUUUUGGAAAACGCAGAGACGUAUGGAGCGGAGACAUUUUUGCAUGUUAUGAUCUCUCGAUAUAGGUGACUAUUUUAGCGAUUGCUGUAUCAGGAACUCAGAAAGAUAGCGAAUAAUUUAUCGGUAAGUAGCUUAGCAAUUCAAAACAUUUGCACUUUCUCGCUGGAAUUAUUAAUUUAUGCAUCUGUAUAAAAUAGGUGGGUACGAAUUUCAAUACUUGACGCAUUUAUCAGGAGUGCGUGACAUAUCGCAUAAUUUAGAGUCCUUGGCCGAUCAUUAAAAUAAUCUUGCGUAGAAUACUUGACGACGAGAUUCUAAGUAGUUUCAUUACUUGCGUGACAUCGUGAGACUAUGGCGGUUGUCAAUUUGGGCUUCAAGUUCGAUGACUUAAUCAGUGACAAUCGCACUACAGUUGAACGUGUGUCGUCGAUUAAAGGAUGGCAACGCUCGACUCCCUACCCGAAGCUGACCGACGAACAGAUCGGUCUUUUCCUAAUCGCGUGCAGAAAUGAUCGUGAAUUCGCGAAGAGGACGAUCGUGAUGUACUUCGAGACGAAACUGGGCGCGCCCGAAAUCUUUCGCGACAGGAACGUCGCCAGUGAGGACCUGCGGAGGAUCGCUAACGUUGUGAACGUCGCUGUGAUGCCGAAGAGGCUUGGUGGUGCCGCAGUAAUGGUCGCUAGCCUAAAGGACACGAACUACAGAAAUUUCGAUUUUCGCACCUACGUCCAGUUGUACACUAUGACGUUAGAAUCGCUCCUUUACGGCGACCCUCCGACGAACGUCAUCACCGUCAUGGAUUCCAAAGGGGUCACGUUGCUGCACAUGACCAAGAUGAGGUUGAAGCUAGUGAAGCACUUCGCCAACUUCAACCAGAGCGGAAACCCCCCCAAAUUGGGAAAAAUAUACGUCUUGAACGUCAAUUACGUUACGUACGCUGUCGUCAACUUUAUCAAACCGUUCCUUCAAUUGGACGUCCUGGAGAAUAUGGAGAUGCACAAGGCUAACGCAAACCUUGAUCGGUUCUACGAUUGCAUACCAAGAGCCUACCUACCGAAGGAGUUGGGAGGAGAACUAGAGCCGAUUGGCUUUUACAGCGAAGAAAAUUUGCGACGCUUGGCGAGCUUGCGACCAUACUUUGAAGCCCUGCAGCAGCAGGUCUACGAAACUUAGGAGCUAGAUUGCCUUCAACGUACUGUGCGCACAACCUCC